AUGGUGCAGCUCAUCCUUUCCAUCAAUGCUGGGAGCAGUUCCCUCAAGUGCAGUCUCUACUCGGCUGAAGAGGUCGGCAACACCAACAAGACGCCGAAACUGGACAAGUUGGCCGGUGCGGAGGUCUCGGCAAUCGGCACUCAGAAGGCCGGGCUGAAAUACACAAAGGGAUCCCAAAAGCAGCAAAGCGACCUGGGCCAUGUGGAAGAUCAUGGGAAAGCCUUUGAGCACGUCCUCGACACCUUCUUGAACGACAGCAAUGUCGCCGUGAGCGCGAAGGAGGACAUCCGCUAUGCCUGCCACCGCGUUGUGCAGGGCGGCGACUUUCGCGACGAUGAGCUGAUCACUCGCGAAACAUUCCACAAGAUCGAAGCAUUAUCUGAUCUGGCACCCUUACACAAUGCGGCCGCCGUUCAGCUCAUGAAAGCGGUCCACGAGAAGCUGCCAAAAUGCACCAACGUCGCCUGCUUUGAUUCGGCCUUUCAUGCCACCAUGCCAGAAUGCGUCAAAUCCUACGCCAUCAGCCCCAAGAUUGCCAUGGAAAAGGGCCUCCGCAAAUACGGCUUUCACGGCCUCUCGUACAGUUACGUCCUGAGGGAGACAGCGAGAUACCUGAAGAAACCCGUCCCCGAGACGAACAUCAUCGCCCUUCACCUCGGUAGCGGAGCGUCGGCAUGUGCCAUCAAGAAUGGACAGUCUAUCGAUACGACCAUGGGAUUGACGCCAGUUUCAGGUCUUCCUGGAGGCACUCGCUCUGGUGAUAUCGAUCCCAGCCUGGUCUUUCACUACACAUCAGACGUGGGAAAGUUGAGUCCGUCGAGCACUACCGAUCUACACAUCUCUAAAGCUGAAGAGAUUCUGAACAAGCAGUCGGGUUGGAAAGCUCUUACAGGCACGUCCGACUUUGCCGAGAUUGCCAAAGCUGAUGCGCCUGACACUCACAAGCUGGCGUUGGACAUCUUCGUCGACCGCAUAGUUGGCUACAUCGGCAGCUACUAUGUCAAGCUUGGGGGAGAGGUCGACGCUCUGGUGUUUGCCGGAGGCAUUGGUGAGAAGUCAUCAUACUUGCGACAGUUGGUAAUCUCGAAGGUCUCGUGCCUUGGCUUCGCCAUUGAACAGGAACAAAAUCAGAACGCCAAGGACAGUGAGAUCGUAUCUCGCAUCGGUUCGUCCGCCAGCUCCCUUACUCUGGUCGUGCAGACGGACGAGGAUUGGCAGAUGGCUUACCAGACGGCGCUCCAUCCGAAAAGAUAA